AUGGAUGUGAGGUUCUACCCCGCGGCGGCCGGGGACCCCGCCGGCCUGGACUUCGCGCAGUGUCUGGGGUACUACGGCUACAGCAAGUUUGGGAACAAUAACUACAUGACCAUGGCUGAGGCCAACAGUGCUUUCUUUGCAGCCAGUGAGCAGACGUUCCAUACGCCAAGCCUCGGGGAUGAGGAGUUUGAAAUCCCACCUAUCACGCCUCCUCCGGAGUCCGACCCUGCCCUGGGCAUGCCCGAUGUUCUUCUGCCCUUUCAAGGCCUCAGCGAUCCGUUGCCUUCCCAGGGAAGUGAAUUCACCCCCCAGUUUCCCCCUCAAAGCCUGGAUCUUCCUUCCAUCACCAUCUCAAGAAAUCUCACGGAACAAGAUGGCGUGCUUCAUAGCAGCGGGUUGCACAUGGACCAGAGCCACACGCAAGUGCCCCAGUACCGUCAGGAUCACGCCUUGAUCAUGAGGUCCAUCGUCCACAUGACUGAUGCUGCUCGCUCUGGGAUCAUGCCUCCCGCUCAGCUCACCACCAUCAACCAGUCUCAGCUCAGUGCCCAGUUGGGGUUAAAUUUGGGAGGCGCUGGUAUGCCUCACACGUCUCCUUCACCUCCAGCGAGCAAAUCGGCAACGCCUUCCCCUUCCAGCUCCAUCAAUGAGGAGGAUGCUGAUGAAUCUAACAGAGCCAUUGGAGAGAAAAGAGCUGCUCCAGAUUCUGGCAAGAAGCCCAAGACUCCAAAGAAAAAGAAAAAGAAAGAUCCCAAUGAGCCCCAGAAGCCAGUGUCAGCAUAUGCCCUGUUUUUCAGAGACACACAGGCUGCAAUUAAAGGUCAAAACCCCAAUGCAACCUUUGGAGAGGUCUCAAAAAUCGUUGCAUCUAUGUGGGACAGCCUUGGAGAGGAACAGAAGCAGGUUUAUAAGAGGAAAACGGAAGCUGCCAAAAAGGAAUACUUGAAGGCCCUGGCCGCUUACAGGGCCAGCCUCGUUUCUAAGGCUGCUGCCGAGUCAGCAGAAGCCCAGACCAUUCGCUCCGUUCAGCAGACCCUGGCGUCCACCAAUCUGACUUCCUCGCUCCUUCUCAACCCCCCGCUGUCGCAGCACGGGACCGUAUCGGCCUCACCCCAGACUCUGCACCAGUCGCUCCCCAGGUCCAUCGCCCCCAAGCCCGUACCCAUGAGACUCCCCAUGAACCAGAUCGUCACGUCGGUCACCAUCGCCGCCAACAUGCCCUCGAACAUUGGGGCCCCGCUGAUCAGUUCCAUGGGGACGACCCUGGUGGGCUCGGCGCCCCCUGCCCAGGUGAGCCCUUCCGUGCAAACCCAGCAGCAGCACAUGCAGAGGCAGCAGCAGCAGCUGCAGCAGCAGCACCAAAUGCAGCAGCAGCUCCAGCAGCAGAUGCAGCAGCAGCAUUUCCAGCACCACCUGCAGCAGCACCUGCAGCAGCAGCAGCAGCUGCAGCAGCAGCUGCAGCAGCAGCUGCAGCAGCAGCUGCAGCAGCAGCUCCAGCUGCAGCAGCUGCAGCAGCACAUGCAGCACCCGCCUCAGCCCUCUCCUCGGCAGCCCUCCCCAGUCACCUCCCAGAUGACGUCCCCCAUCCCCGCCAUCGGAAGCCCGCAGCCGGCCUCUCAGCAGCACCAGUCACAGAUACAGUCCCAGCCACAGACUCCGGUAUUGUCACAGGUCAGUAUUUUCUGAAGGCGCCCGCGGCAGGUGCACCUGGAGCGGCGCGCGUGCGCGGUGGCCA